AUGAGGCUGCAAGAAGAUGAUUUACUGGGCGAAGAUGAAGAUAUUGGCGAUGGCAGCGGCUAUGCAGCUGAAUGUAUUCGUGAGCCACAUUCCGAUGACGACGACGCCGAUUAUAUUGUGAGUGAUCACAACACUAAUUCUGAAUGCUCCGAGACUGAAGAACAGGAUAGUAACUUGGACAACAUAUCAUGCCUUAGACACACCAAGUACAUCGCAAACUGA